GUUGUAGAAAUAAAUGCAAGGAAAACAAUUAAUUAUGAGAAAUUACAAAGGGCGGGGCUCAGUGAUGGUCACAGUGAGUGGGGUAGCUUAUGGUAAAAGCACCAUAACUCUACUCCCAACCCAGGGGGGGAUUUAGUUGUCAUGCAAAUUAACUUAUGUGGUCAUUACAUCCAGGCCUUUCUUUGUCAUGCCCAGGCAACCUAUCCCUAGCACAGCACCCAGCAGACUUCCCUGCACAUGGGGCCAACAAUAGAAUUAUGCAAAUACGAUGCUGCAUGCCUGGCUGGACUGAUACACACUCAGCUCAGGGGUGUGGUGGAUGAGAGGGGCAGGCUAAACCAAAAAAGAAGGUGGGGAGGAAGAUGACAGUACUACAAGCCUAGAAGCCAAAGAUAUGGACCUGUCCAAAACCAAAGUGACCAACUCGUCCACAGUGCCCAGACCGCCGGGCCUCCUGGACGACUUUCGCAAGUGCAUUGCCGGCUACGACGACGUCGUAGAGGAAAACGCGGGGUGUGGACUAACUGAGGUUAAGCAUGUGAGGGCGGUAGGCAAGGAUGGGGGAGUCGGGACCCGGAAACGGAAACACGAAGAAGAGGGAUUUCGGGAAGUGACGCGGUAUAACAUUUUAGACGGCACCAUCUCGCAUCACACAGAGCUGAGCGGGUUGAAAGCUGCCCUCCUCCGACAGGAAGCCACGCCCAGCUCCUCAGAUGGUAACGUCCUCCGAGCCCUCUUGCAGCAGUCUGGUGCAUUAGUCCGGCCCCAGACGCCAGACAUGGAUAGUGUGUCAGCGGGGAGUCCGAGCCAAGACCCAGAAUCGCCGGAGAAGUUCUACCCCUGCAAAGUCUGUAAGAAGAAUUACGUCAGUAAGUCCAGUCUGCGGAAGCACUUCUGCAUGCCUGGCGUCGGUGGUGGCAACGCGAGCCCGAAUGCGGGCGUGCCGUCGCAGCAACCCAACGAGGAUGAAAUGAGCCCCAGCACGGCAAUCCAUGCUAAAGACGAACCGUACAUGAUGAACGGUUCCGUGGGAUCACCGGCGCUCCUCACACCGGUCCCGUCGCCUUACGAUGAUGCUGAUAAAGGCGAUGACAUGGCUGAGGAUGGUCCCCUGACUCCUGGGGAGCUGGCCAUUGAUACUGAAUAUGGGAAGAGAGAAGAAGAUGGCAUGGGACCCAUCUACACAUGUCCCUUGUGUAGUAUGACAUUCAGGCAUACGAGUCAGUUAAUGCGUCACCGUCGUACCCACACCAACGAGCGUCCCUUUGAAUGUGUCGACUGCCACCAAGCCUUCCGUCGCAAGUGCCACCUAAAGCGUCACUGGCAACGCAUCCACAGUGGCGAGAAACCCUUCAAAUGUGCCAUCUGCGGCAAAGCCUUCAGCGACCGGGACCACCAGCGCCAACACGAGACCAUCCACGGUCCCGAGACCUACCCCUGCUUCCACUGUCGCUGCGUCUUCCCAUCCGAGACCUACCUGAUACAGCAUCUCUCCGAGAACCCAGACUGCAAGACGGCUUUCGCCCGCGAUGGGGAAUCCCCACCGAAACGGACCCGAGGCAAGCACAAGGGUGUGCUGACGUCCUACAAGUGUGGCCUGUGCUUCGAGCAGUUCAAGAAACUCCGGCAGAUCCAGACGCACCAGCGAGUCCGGCACCACGACGUCUUCGAGAAGAAGUACAAGUGCAACCUCUGUGGGAAAGGCUUUGAUCUCAUCUCGGAUCUGACGCACCAUCGGAACAACCAUGCCGUACGGAGCAAGCUGGACGUGGACAAGAAUGGCGACACGGGGUACAGACCACCACCGCAUCACCACCAUCAUCACCAUCCAUCAUCUGCAGCGACGGCAUCCAAAGUCGUCCAGAACAAGGCUGAGCUUCUACAGAUGCUACAGCAGCUUGAAAAACGCAUCCAGCAGCAGCAGCAACAAGUCAAGAAGAUCGAGAGCCAACAGGAAGAGAUGGAGAACGAUGAAAGCGACGGGGAGCCAGCCAACACCGCUCCUCAGCCGCCCCCACACAGCCAAAUCCGCUACAUCCUAGAAACCUCUCGCACGCAGCGAGAAGGCCAAUACGGGCGUAUAGAAUCCGAGGGCAUCUAUCAAAAUGGUCACAACGAGCCCCGCGCCACAGCCCCAGUCUCCCCGAGAUCCGAAGUUGGAGCUAUGGACCUCUCUGUCACCAGAAAUGCCUUAGAAGGCGGCGAGGACCACCACAAUCCCCAGAUGAGACCCUCCGCAUCCACGGCUGACAGCAUCCCUAAGCCUUCCUCUGCCUUGCUGGACCUCAUGACCAACAAUCGACACAAGUGCGAACAGUGUGGCAUCUCCUUCCUCCUGUACUCCGAAUUCCGAGCGCACCGGAAGCGACACGAGAGAGCCCGCGUCGCAAUCAAGCAAGAACCGAUAGAUACAUCCGAGUACUUGGACAGCAAUCCCGACGCCGACAGGAGCUUGUGCCGCGACUGCUGCAACCAGAACGACCCUACCAGCUCUUCCCUGUCUCCUAGCAGGAGCCCGAGUCGAUCCCAUGUCAGUAACUCCUCAAGGUGCUUCCAUCAUCAACAGCGUAACACAGCAGCCAAGAUGCAAGAAGUCAACGGUCAAGAGCUGCGAUAUCCUCGAACCAGAAGCAGAUCAAGGUCUUGUGACAUGAUGACUUUGACAGAUCAAAUCAACGACCAAGAGAACAAAACGCAGCCUCCUCCAGCGCCCAGCUACGACAGGGUCCUGUCCUGUGAACAGUGCCUGCUGCUCAAGAAACAACUUGUCAAGGAACGUAAUGACAAGAAGGCUAUGAGGAUAGAGAUCGAGCGACUCCGCGAGGCGCUUGUCAGUUUUGCCGAGGCAGCGGCCAAUCACGCGUCGCCGCUGCGGAGCAGCAGCGAGCUGAUGGCUCUCUUCAGCAAGCACGUGGAGCGAAGCGUGGACGAGAGGGAAAUUGUAUGAUGAGAGAGAUUGAGGCUUCCACAAAAACCAAAUUUGAGUAGAAAAGUUUUAAAAUAAUUCCAGAGGGACAGUACAUGUAUACCUGUUGGUGAUUCCAAAAAGAGGAAAAAAUAACCUUGUUCUGAAAAUAUUUCCGACAAAUUGCAUCAAUUGUGAUGGGUAAAUUGCAUCAUAGAAUUUAGGAAAUUUGGCAGAAUUCAGCAGUAUUUUGCAAGAAAUGAAAAAUGGGGAAUUCAACAUUGCUUGUUGAAGAACCAUCCAUGCCAUGAUUUUUUACAGUAGUUGUUUUAUACCAAAUAGGUGAGCGGUAUAUGGUUGCUAAGGACGGCCGCCAUUUUGAGCAGUGCAUGAUGGGAUAGGUGCAAGAUUAUCUCUUGUCAAAUACACUUUUAUAUAUAUUGCCUAAAUUGCAAGUAUGUAUUAAGAAAAUAUACUAUAGAUAGUUGCUAUAUAAAGUGGUACAGUUUUUUUAAGAAAAAUUCCAGAUGGAUUUUUUUUCCAUUAUUUAGUACUGAUAUAAAAAAAAUGUUGACAGAAAUAUUUUUGAAAUACAAAGAGAUUUUGUAAAAAAAAAUUAAAUAUAAAUAUGUUGCAUUUAGUUAGUAAGUAUAUGACUAACAUGCAUACUCUAGUAUAAAAAUGCAAUUUUGUUUUCGUUUUUUUUUGUAAAGUAGUGUUUUUGAUUAGGUGCCAAGUCUUUAAAAGGUUAAAUAAUAUUUACCAAAGAAGAAAAAGGAGCUAUGAGGUUGUCAAAAUGCCAUCAUAUUUGUGCUUUUGUUUAAGAAAAGUUGGGAAGUUGUUCUUUAGCAGAACCUUCAUCUUAACCACUUUGCGCCAGGACCAUUUUGACAUUGACUGGACCCAAGUGUGGGAUUAUUUUUCACACACCUCGAUGCUAGACGGGUUCAGGCCGUCAUCUGCAGGUAGCACACCCUGAUAUUUCUGGCCUCGCUCACUGCGAGUGGGCCGCAGACAGCUUUUUUUGGCCUGGCUCGUUGCGUGUUUAUCCGUCAUCCAUUUUGAAUAUCGCAAAACCUUUGUGUGUGUACACGUCAUCCAACCCGAACUGGUUAAGGUUAAAUAAUGGCCUACAAUGUACCACAUUGACAUUUGAGGUCAUGAAGAGUUGUAUUUCAAUUUAUUUGAGAUGAAAAGAAAAGCCAGUAAUAAUUUUGGCGGACAAAAAAGUUUCAAAAAGUGACCACAAAAAAAAGUAGGCAAUACACAUUUAAACAAAUAAUAAUUGUGAUAAAUGUUUUUGUGAUUUUUUUCCCAGUUUUAUGGUCUGAUCAAAGAUUGAGUCAGGUUGCAGCAUUGGUUCUUAAGAAGUCAAGAAAAAUUUGAGAAAAACAAGUAUGAAACAAUGUGAUCUUCGUAGCUAUCCAACCACAAAUGUCACACUGCUUUUUUGAACAGAAUGCCCUACAUGAAGUACCCACAAUGCAAUGCAGCAUUUCUUGUCUUUGCCCACUUCCAAUCUAUCAGACUUAAAAAAAAAAUUGUUUUUGUUGUUGUUGCAAAUUUAUCUCUAUAAUUGUAUAAACAUUAAUUACAACAGACCUUAAUUAUUUCUUGGCAGAUAUUUUUUAUGUAGUCCAGUACUUUUAACCUUUAGUAAUCAUUUUGUUUACUGUCAUUUCUUUAUAAAAAAUAUCUAGACUGAAUUGUGUAUAUCACCAUGCCAUUAGUAUGUCAUUGCUACAGUACUUCUUAUGGUAGUUAAAGUUGACAUUUUGAGAACAAGUUGCAAAAACAGACCACCAAGAUCAAAGAAAUGUUGUGCUUGAUUCGUAACCGAGGGAAGAUUUUUCUCUGGAAAUUUGAAAUGGAGAUUGUGAGCUUGAGGACACUUAUUUCAUGAAAGGUUCUACAUGAAGUUGGGGUUUGUUUAUUUAUUUUUGUUGUAAGAUAAGAAUGAGAAAUAGUGAGGGAUAUUAGAGAGUUUUUGGAGGGUUUGAGUAGAAUUCUGAAAUAAGGCUGUGUACAUAGAUACCAGAAAACCUCUUGUAAAUGAAACAGAAAAUGUCACACUUAUUAAGAAAAGAGAGCAAGGCAAGUAUCGUCAACUGUUGACAAUAUCAGUAACUAGGGGCGGAGAUGCAGAAGGCCCCGCCUGUUCUGUCUGAAUUUACAAUUGCGGUCAACAACUAUGUACAGGAUUAGAAAAAAGGGGUGGGGUCACUAAAGGCCACACCUUCUUUAUGUCAGUAUUUUAAUACAAUUGCUAAGGGCAGGGCAUGGAAGGCCACACCUCAUUUGUUCUGUCAGAAUUUACAAUUGCUGUCAAUAACUAUGUACAUUAUCAGAAACUAGGGGCGGGGUCACUGAAGGCCACACCUCCUUAAAGUCAGUACUUAUACAAUUGCUGUCAACAACUGUGUGCAUGAUCAGAAACUAGGGGCGGAGUCACGAGUGGUCCCGUCUCUUUGUUAUAUCUGUGUUCACAUUUGCUGUCAAUAGCUAUGCACAUGAUUAGAAACUAGGGCGGAGUCACUGUGUACAAGAUCAAUAUUCAUGUAUGUGGGCGGAGUCACAGAAAGUCCUGCCUCCCUCGUUCUGUCAGUAUUUACAAUUUUUGUCAGCAACUGUAUAUAAGAUUUGAAACUUGGGGUGAAGUCACAGUGUUCACAGCAGUAGCUGUCACUUUGAAAUCUGUGCUUAGAUUGCAUUGCAUGUGCCUCCCUUUUUGUUGACCACAUGCCCCGCCCCUUUCUUCUGUCACUCUUGGUAGCUUUUGCUUCAAGUUCUUAUUGUCUAUUGCUGAGGGCAAGUAAACUAAAACAAAUCCCCAUUUCUUAAUUUAUUUUUUGGUGAAUUUUUGGAGAAACUUACAGGUACUUCGAUAAAAUGUGGGUCACUUUAAUGUUCACUCAUACUCGUUUCUACUGAAUGGUGCAUUUUCUGGGUCUUGUUAUUUUUUUGUAUGGAGCCUUUAUUAUUUAAUUGAAAUAGCCAUGUGUAGGUAUUACUAUAAAGAUAUAAUGAACUGUACAUAGACAAAUUUAUAUUGCAAAAGUACACGUAGUGAGAUGUUUUAAAUACGUUUGAAAUGAAAUGUUAUCUGUAGAUUUAUUCACUUCUUGUUUUUUUUUCUUUGUUGUGUUAUUUUUUAUAUGAAACAUGGCCUAUUCCAUGUAUUAUAAGAAUAAUAAGUUGUUUGAUAAUUUUUUUUUUUACAAUAUUGUUUUACAUCUUCACGGAUUAUGAUGAGAAUAUAGUGCUAAUUUAUGUAAAAUCUUUAUUAGAAUUGGCCAACUCUUUUCGUUGACAUUGCCCUUCAAAAGGCACGCCUUUAGUAAAUGCAAUACUUUUAAGAUGCUUCUGUUGCCAUAGAUACAGCCA